GUCGCGUAAAAUAGUAUCAACUUGGAAUGAUAACAUAUGAAAAAAAUAUUGCAUCAAAAUGAAGGUUGCUUUAAUGGUUGCAGAAAAACCCUCUUUAGCAGCAUCCCUUGCCAAUAUAUUGAGCAAUGGACGGUGUGUGACCAGAAAAGGAUUAAAUGGUACCUGUCCCGUCCACGAAUGGGUAGAUCAAUUCAUGUAUGAGACGGUAAAUUUUAAAAUGACAUCUGUAUGUGGACAUGUCAUGACAUUGGAUUUUAUUGGGAAAUACAACAAUUGGGACAAAGUGGAUCCAGCAGAAUUAUUCUCAUGCCCGACUGAGAAAAAAGAAGCUCUACCUAAAUUGAAAAUACCAUAUAUUUUGGCCAAGGAAGGAUCACAUUGCGAUUAUUUAAUAUUAUGGUUAGAUUGCGACAAAGAAGGUGAAAAUAUUUGCUUUGAAGUUAUAAAUGCGGUACAGCAAGGAAUGCACAGGAAGUUACACCCAAAUGAUAUUUGGCGAGCACGAUUCUCUGCAAUUACAGAGAAGGACAUAAAAUCUGCUUUACAAAAUCUAAUAAAGCCUAAUGAAAAUGAAGCGAAAAGUGUUGAUGCGCGUCAAGAGCUAGAUUUGCGAAUAGGCUGUGCAUUUACACGUUAUCAAACUAAAUUUUUUCAAGGCAAAUAUGGAGAUCUAGAUGUAUCUUUAAUUUCUUAUGGUCCGUGUCAAACCCCAACGUUAGGAUUUUGUGUACAGAGGCAUGAUGAGAUCCAAACUUUUAAGCCAGAUCCAUAUUGGGUGUUGCAGGUAACCAUCAAGUGUACUGAUGGACAAGACAUUGUAUUAAACUGGAGCCAUGUACGUUCUUUCGACAAAGAAGUUGCAAACAUGUUCUUAAGCCAUGUUAAAGAAUACAAUUAUGCAACCGUAAUGAGUGUACAAAGUACAGAAAAAUCAAAAUCACGACCCAUAGCCUUAAAUACCGUGGAAUUGAUGCGAGUCGCGAGUUCCGGCUUGGGAAUGGGCCCACAGCACGCCAUGCAAAUUGCGGAAAGACUUUAUACUCAAGGAUACAUAAGUUAUCCUCGAACUGAAACGACAUCAUACCCCGAAAAUUUCGAUCUGCAUUCGACGCUGAAACAACAGCAGAAUAAUCCCGAUUGGGGUGAGGAGGUCCGGAAGAUACUAGCGGCGGGCAUCAACAGACCGAAGAAAGGUCACGACGCGGGUGACCACCCUCCUAUAACACCUAUGAAACACGCAACCAGAAACGAGCUCGACGGCGACUCGUGGAGAUUGUAUGAUUAUAUAACGCGCCAUUUCAUCGCUACGUUAGCACGAGAUUGCAAGUACUUGAGUACUACGGUGAAAUUCGAGGUGGGAAUGGAAAUAUUUACAGCGACCGGUCACAGUUUGCUAGAUCCCGGCUAUACGAGUAUUCUUACUUGGCAAGCACUUGGCAGUAGCGACACUCUGCCGAAAUUUACGCCCGAGGAGAAAAUGAAUAUACAAGAGGCGAAAUUGCUCGAAUGUUACACGCAACCGCCCGAUUAUCUAACAGAGGCGGAAUUGAUAACUCUCAUGGAGAAACACGGCAUCGGGACAGACGCCUCGAUUCCUGUGCAUAUAAACAAUAUCUGCAUCAGAAACUAUGUUAAUGUUACAGCAGGCAGAAGAUUAGUACCCACUUCUCUCGGCAUCGUCUUGGUUCACGGAUAUCAGAAGAUAGAUCCUGAAUUGGUUUUGCCCACAAUGAGGUCUGCAGUGGAAGAGCAAUUAAAUCUAAUAGCACUGGGCGGUGCCGAUUUUCACGCUGUCUUGCAGCACACUGUCGAAAUUUUCAAGCAAAAGUUUCUUUAUUUUGUGCAAAAUAUCGAGGCUAUGGAUCAGUUGUUCGAAGUCUCGUUCUCACCGCUGUCGGCGUCCGGUAAAGCACAUUCUAGAUGCGGUAAAUGUCGUCGGUACAUGAAAUAUAUACAAACUAAGCCAUCCAGGAUGCACUGCGCGCACUGUAACGAAACUUACAAUUUACCGCAAAACGGUAAUAUACGAAUAUAUAAAGAAUUGAAGUGUCCACUGGACGACUUCGAAUUGCUUUCGUGGUCGACCGGAACGCGAGGGAAAAGUUACACAUUUUGUCCAUAUUGUUACAACAAUCCACCAUUUAGAGACAUGAAAAAAGGAAUGAGCGGCUGCAAUUCGUGUACGCAUCCGACGUGCCCGCACGGCAUGAAUUCGAACGGCUUGUCCAGCUGUCUGGAAUGCGAUCUGGGUAUCCUUGUACUUGAUCCUUCGGCUGCGCCCAAAUGGAAAUUAGGGUGCAAUCGUUGCGAUGUUAUCAUCCAUUUGUUCGAGAACGCACACAAAGUGACGGUUGACACGGACAUAUGUGACUGCGGCGCGCAAUUGGUAACCGUCGAAUACAAGCAGGAGAAAAGUAAGCUCCCAAACGAGGCAACGGAGAUGUCCGGCUGUGUAUUCUGUACUCCGGCUUUCGCCCCGUUAGUAGAAAAGCACCGUGCGGUGGCUUCGAAACCGGUCGUUACGCGCGGCCGGGGCCACACUAAGAGCCGCAAUCGAGGAAAACCGAAACCUCCCAAGGACAAAAUGGCACAACUGGCGGCAUACUUUGUCUAAUCAUCAAAGGCGACUCGC